AAUGACGGCAGGCGGGAGGCGGGUUGGGGGCGUGAAGCAAAUAGUAAAGAGGUGCAUCAGAGAGAGGGACCAGUGCACGGGAGAGAGCCGAGCAGAGCACAGGGUCCUGCGCCCAUUCUUUUUUAUUUUUAACCCCUGAAAAAUUCCACCGGAUCAACUCACGUCGGGAAGAAGAUGAUGUGCAAGCAACGAAGAACUGAACCGGAGUCCCGGUGUGAAACAGCGAGCCAGUCCGGGCGACGCCACCCCCGUUUGAAGCAAAUCUUCCCCGGAGUCGUUAGAAUGAAGACGGCGUGAGCAGAGGUGCACUUUGGUGGCGGAGGAAGAUGUCGGUGCCGCUGCUUAAAAUCGGCGUGGUGCUGAGCACCAUGGCCAUGAUCACCAACUGGAUGUCGCAGACAUUGCCCUCGCUGGUGGGGCUCAACACCACCAAGCUGACAGCGGCACACGGCGGCUAUCUAGACCGGAGCACCGGAGUGCUGCCGGCCAACCCGGAGGAGUCGUGGCAGGUGUACAGUUCUGGCCAGGAUGGCGAGGGUAGGUGCGUCUGCACUGUGGUGGCACCCCAACAAUCUAUGUGCUCCAGGGACGCCCGCACAAAACAACUGAGGCAGCUACUGGAGAAGGUCCAGAACAUGACCCAGUCCAUUCAAGUGUUGGACCAGAGAACCCAGAGGGAGCUCCAGUAUGUGGAGAAGAUGGAAGUGCAGCUCCGUGGCCUGCAGACCAAGUUUAGGCAAGUGGAAGAGAACCACAUGCAGAACAUCGCUAAGCAAUACAAGGCCAUAAAGGCGAAAAUGGAGGAGCUUAGGCCGUUGAUACCGGUGUUGGUGGAGUACAAGGCCGAUGCCAAAUUGGUAUUGCAGUUUAAGGAGGAGGUCCAGAAUCUGACGUCAGUGCUAAGCGGGCUGCAGGAGGAGAUGGGGGCCUAUGACUACGAGGAGCUCCACAACCGGGUGUCAAAUCUUGAGGAGAGGCUGCGAGCGUGCAUGCAAAAAUUGGCAUGCGGCAAACUAACGGGCAUCAGCGACCCCAUCAUUAUCAAGACGUCGGGGUCCCGGUACGGCUCCUGGAUGACGGAUCCCUUGGCGCCUGAAGGAGACACGCGGGUCUGGUACAUGGACGGCUAUCACAACAACCGCUUUGUGCGGGAGUACAAGUCCAUGCAGGACUUCAUGACCACCGACAACUUCACUUCACACCGGCUCCCCCACCCUUGGUCCGGAACGGGCCAGGUGGUUUACAACGGGUCAAUCUACUUCAACAAAUUCCAGAGCCACGUCAUUAUCAAGUUUGACUUCCGCACCUCAUCCAUCAGCAAGUCUCGGCAGCUUGACUACGCCGGUUUCAACAGCGUGUACCACUACGCCUGGGGCGGCCACUCGGAUAUCGAUUUGAUGGUGGACGAGGGCGGCUUGUGGGCCGUCUACGCCACAAACCAAAACGCCGGCAACAUCGUGAUCAGCAAGCUGAACCCUGACACCCUGCAGAUUGUGAAAAGCUGGACCACCAACCACCCCAAAAGGAGCGCCGGCGAGUCUUUCAUGAUCUGCGGCACGCUGUACGUCACCAACGGCUACUCGGGAGGCACCAAGGUCUACUACGCCUUCUCCACCAACUCCUCCACCUACGAGUACAUAGACAUCGCCUUACAGAACAAGUACUCGCAUAUCUCCAUGCUGGACUACAACCCGCGGGACCGCGCUCUCUACGCCUGGAACAACGGGCACCAGGUGCUGUACAACGUUACGCUAUUUCACGUCAUCCGCUCCGAGGAACUGUAAAACGGGAUUGUACUAAAACAAGAAAGAAUGUACACAAAGGACUUUAAGGGAGAAAAUAGUGAAAAAUAUCAAAAAUGGUUGGAUUUAAAGAGGAACUAAACACAUUUUUUUUCCAAGAAACUGUCGUAUGUGACUCCCCAGGUCAAAACAGAAAAUUCAGAUCGAUAUUCUGCUGUCAAACAGAAUUCACGUCCAAGAUAAUUUUGAUCAAUCCAAUAUGUCUGUCUUCUACAAAUUUAAAAAAAUAUAUCUUUCUGACCCUUAGAGGACACAUAUCUAACUCGCUAGCUGCCAUUGACGACACUAGAUGUCCAACCCAAAUUUUGAACAUUCAAAUUCUUUUUAGUUCAUGCUAUGUUUGACCUGUGGCGGCACAUGACAUAUUCUUUAGAAAUAAUAAAAUGCAGUUUUGCGGUUAGUUCCUUUUUUUCAUUUAAAAUAAAAAAAGAAAUUUGUAUAUUUAAAAAAAAAGAUACUAUGACAAUAAUAGUUAGGCAAUAGUUGACAUUUUAUAGCCUCCAUCUUUUUGUCUGACGAUUAGUUUGGAAUGAAAAUCUUUUGAUUGUUUACUGCAUAGAAAACGAUUGUAAAAGUAGACCACACCUAUAUAAAUCUAUAUAUAUGUAUAACAGAUUCAAGGUCAUACAAAACAACAGAUGCCAAAAAAUAGAGAGGAAAAAAAACAUGCCUUUGUUUAUAUCAUUGUCAUCAACCUUCGCUCAUUCCGACGGCUGUGAUUAUUCUGCGGGAAUCCUCCAAGUGGGUCCUGAAACAAAGACUAAAAAUGCUAAGCAGGGAGGGGGAAAAAAAACAAAAAACAAACAGCGGGUUUACAACCCCUCAAGGAUUGACAGUCCGUUGUGUCACGUCGUUUUCAUGGAGUAUAGUAGCAAAUAAAGUCCGCCGAGGACAGCGACAAUAACGACCGAAGGCCCCGACUGUUGCUGGGCUCUCUGGACGAAGCUCAUUUAAACCGUGUUGGUAACUAAUAAGUCUGGAAAAAGGCUUUCUUUGCAUGAGUGUUUUCUACCGCUACUGAAUGUCUUUUCUUGUACGGUAGCCCCUUGUUAAAAAAAAAAUUAAAUAUCACGGAGGGUGUAAGGAUUUCACUUUGGGAAUUUUGAUAUCUUUAGCUGCUUUUUAUGGCUAAUUAUUUCACGUUUUGUUGGAUUUUUUUUUUUUUUUUACUAGAGUUGUCCGAUAAAAGCAUUUAAAAACAAAAUAUUGGUUUUGCGCCACUAUGUAUGCUAGGUUAUAAGUUAAAGCACUGAUCCCCAACCAUCGGCUCGGGGACCAGUACCGGUUCGUUAAAAAAAAAAAAAAAAAAAAUUGUUAACGACAGCAAUCUGACAUGUGCCUCUUGAAUAAUCCGAGUAGAGUCGUGUACGUCGCCUUCUACUGUAGUGGUUCACCACCAUUACUGGGGUGUUUGCAUACCUAUACCAGCCUAGCGUCAGUCAAUGUAAACAGUAACGUUAGCUGCUGUUGGCUUUGUACUGCGGCCAGCGAUGUCUUUGGACAGCUUUUUUACGGGGAAAAGGCCACCUGCUAAUUCAGAAGAGGAGCCUACAACAAAGUCCAUUGUGCAUAAUAUGUGGCUAAAAGCUAACAAACAAGGCAACAAAGUGAAUGCAUUGAAAGCAUCAUACCUUGUGGCGAAAUCUUUCAAGAUUGGAGAAGAACACACUAUCACACUAUGUCUGCAACCAAGGAUAUCUGCCAUCAAGUUUUAGGAGGCCACAGUAAAAAAGGUUGAUUCAGCGUAAAGUGAGUUAUAUUUUCCCUGCACUUAAUUUGUGUUUUAGCCCCGUCAUGUUAUUUUAUAUUGACCGCAAUUUUCUGCCACACAUUGUCGGUCCAUGAAAAAACGAUUCACAUCAUAUCGGGCCGUGGUGCAAAGAAGGGUGGGGACCACCGAGUUAAAGUACAUGUUCAGUUUAUUCCGUUUUUCACGGCCCUCUGAAUAGGGUUCGUCACUCAGCAUUGAAAGAUGGAUUACUCGUCAUGCACGCUUUUGAUUUUUUUGUUAAAUGACACGGCAGGUAAUAACCUAAAGUAAACAUGAGUACAAUAAACAAAAUGUAUCAGUAAAUAGCGUACAACUAACGAUAUGUACUAUAUUAUUAAUCAUGAUUUUACUACAACACAUUGAUUUUUAGAAUUAUGUAUGAUUAUUCUCAUCAGUAAUUAUUUAUUAUUUCCCAUGUUUAAUAUAUUGUAAAACGGGAUCAAACAUCUUUUUAUAUAUUGUGAACCAUGAUCAAACAUUAUGAGAAAUAGCAUAGACAAGUGACUGCAAACGGAACUACAGACACACUCAAGUGAAACUAUGUAAAUGGACUACAACUCCCACCAGCCAAACCGGGAAGUAAAGCGCCGGUAUUAAAUGGAGCAGUAAUGUAAGGCCCAAUCCCAUUUCUAUUUUCCACCCCUACCCUUUGGCCCUUUAAACAGAGCAAUAAGGGGUAGGGCUUGAAACGUUAGCCCUACAAAAUGGAGACCCCCCCUCACACUCUCGUACAUCAUUAGUCCGUUCGGUCAGUUGUUAUGUCACCAAAAAGCGACAGCCAUUUUCUCACACAUACAACGUGACAAUACACCAACCAGAUUAAGGCAUGGACGUCGCCUUAAUUGUUUCAUCUUUAUUACUUUGACCCACGUUCAAACGCUACCACUGAAGGAGACUUUGCCAGUGGUUCUGACAGCAGCAAACCGUCAACAUAGCGUCACGGACAUAAAGUAAGGCAGACAUUCAAAGAGUGAUCAAGCAAAAAAGGGAUCUACGCGCAAAUAAUAUGGAUAUAACACAAGCAAACAGAAAGGUACCCCCUCAGUGGGGUCAUGCUGGUGAUGAAUACUGGGGAUUCAUUCCUACAGUAAUCGGACCCAGAUGUGUUAAAUACACUUCACCGAAUUGGUCACCUGUCAAUGGUGACCCUGCCCCAUUCUAACAUUCAAAGUAAACCUUACAGUGAAAUCCUACAGUCUUUGGGCAUGGGCUAGCCACAGCUUAGCACUAAUGUUGUGCUCAAAAGAUGUCUAAGAGUCUCCAAUUAAAUAUGCUAGGAAAUGUUAAAUGAGGGAAAGCACCUAAUCAAUCAUGGUGCACAAAUAAAAUGAACUAAUAAUGAAUUAUAAAUUCAUCACAUAUAACGAAUGCAUCACUUGAAAGCAAUAUGCAGAAACUAAGUAAUACAACAUCAUUAUAAUUGAAAUCUUUGCAAAAGCCUAGCGAAAUGCAUCUUGGGAAUUGUCACUGCAUUGGCAGCCAUGUCCUAUGAUUACCUGUCUGUAUUUGUAAUGCUUUGGUCGUCCCCUAGUGGCUCUUUGGGAUAACAAGUUUAAACGUGAGCUAUUUUGGCUCAUUUCAGUUUAUUUAUCUGGGACAUAAUUUUGGCACUUUUUCCAUGACCUCAGUUGAAGAUGUUCUCUUUUUUUUAACAAAUUUAUUUUGGGAAAACCUUGAAGGUGUUACAUUUGUCAUUAUUAAAUCAUACAGUAGGGCAUCACAAUAUAAUUAGCAAUAAUAUGUUAAGUCCAUGAAUCCAUAUACUGUAUCGGUAGGAUAUUUGUAUUGGAUUUUUGGGUUGAACAACAUCAGGAUAUCGGUUAAAAAGUAUUUAUCGGACAACUCUAUUUUUUUUUGUCUUUUCCAGUUUUUGUAUCACUGUAACUGUUGGCGCUGUAGCUUUUUUUUUUUCUUUUAUCUCAUUGGAGGAAUCCAAAGAACAAAAAAAGAGAAAUAUGAAAGAAUGUACCCAAGAUUGUCAUUUUAAGUCCGCCCCAUGCAACUGUGGUUCUUUUUUUUUUUUUGGUCCCAUGUCACGUAUCCGCUUGUGAAGGACGCAACUGUUUUCAAUGUAACCCCGCAGUGGACAAAAAAAGCCUUUCUUUUGCCAGAUGUACUGGAUGUGUUGUACCUGAGAUGAGAUAGUUCAUUUGUGUCAAUAAAAAAAAGAAGUACAGUG